AUGGCUAUGGCUCGGCCAUAUAUGCCUCUGCGGAGGUCCGUUUGUCAGGUCUUCCCUCGAGCAUCGUGCACUCCUCGCGGCGUCUCAGCGCAAUUUCGCCGGUACCUAUCAGAGCAAAAGCCACGCGAAUCCAAACCCUUUACUGUGUGGAGGCCGUACCUACGACUGGCAAUCGGUGUCCCGUUCAUCGCGGCCCUCAUUUAUUCCAUGAUGACAGGUGAAGUAACCGAACUCGACUCGCCGUCAAUUGUGGAGUUCGAUGAGGCAUUGAAGAAACAAGCAACAAUCAGCGAGACGUCACCUAUGCGUCUGCGGAUGGAGAAGUUGAUCAAAGAACACCAGCAGAAAAUCGUGGAAGAAUUGAGCAGGAUAGAUGGGAAGCAAUUCAAAAGCGACGAGUGGAUGCGCCCCAAUGGAGGCGGUGGAAUUUCCUGUGUUCUUCAGGACGGGAAUGUCUUCGAGAAAGCUGGGGUCAACGUAUCAAUUGUUUACGGAGAGUUACCUCGUCCCGCUAUCGAGAAGAUGCGAGCUGAUCACAAGUCCUUUGUCGGGGCCGAUGUGGAUUCGCUGAGUUUCUUUGCAGCCGGUCUCUCCUUGGUCCUGCACCCACACAAUCCUAUGGCUCCGACCGUCCAUCUGAACUACCGUUACUUCGAGACGACGGACCCCAAGGAUCCAAUCAACGGUGACAAGAACUGGUGGUUUGGUGGCGGUACUGACCUGACCCCAACCUACCUUUUCCCAGAGGAUGCCAAACACUUCCAUCAAACAAUCAAGGACGCCUGUGACCGACACGACGCCACAUAUUACCCCAAGUUCAAAGCCUGGUGUGACAAGUACUUCUAUUUACCUCACCGCCGUGAGUGCAGAGGUGUUGGUGGCAUCUUCUUUGAUGACCUUGACGCCAGUUUCUUAGAGUCUUCGUCCACUUCGUCGCAAAACCCGCAAGAGACUCUCUUUUCUUUCGUGUCGGAUGGGCUUGCGUCUUUCCUCCCCUCCUAUGUGCCCAUCAUUGAGCGCAGGAAGGACAUGCCAUUCACCCCGGAACAGAAAGAGUGGCAGCAGCUUCGUCGAGGUCGCUAUGUUGAAUUCAACCUCGUUUACGACCGUGGUACCAGUUUCGGUCUUCGUACACCGAAUGCCCGAGUUGAAAGCAUUUUAAUGAGUCUUCCUCGUACAGCAAGCUGGGCCUACAUGGACCCAGUGUCCGGAACUCGCACCGAGGAGCUCGAUUCAGAAGAAGCGCUGCUAACCAAAGGUAAGGAGCACGAGAAGGAGAUCAUGGAUGUUCUAAGACAUCCUAGACAAUGGGUCUAGGGAGAUCCGGGUUUUGUUUUUCCCAUUUCACUUUCCUGUACAUCAAGAGCUGG